CGAUUCUUCCCCCAGUUCCCACUCACAGAGGCAAGCUGAGCUCCCAUCCUUAGGUCCGCUACUUUUCUUGCAGGCUUCGUGAAUCUGCAGGAAGAUGUCUCACUUCUUAGACAGCGUUUCCAUCAUCAUUAGCACUUUUUGCAAACACGCAAAGGAAGAUGGAGACCAGUCCAAACUCAGUCGAAGGAGGAUGAAAGAGUUCAUCCAGAAGGAGUUUGCAGAUGCCUUAGUGAACCCACAUGACCCUCAGACGAUUGACAAGAUUCUGCAGUUUCUGGAGUGGGAUGGGGAUGGGGAAAUAGAUUUUAACGAGUUCCUGCUUUUGGUAUUCAGAGUGGCUAAGGCCUGCUACUGGUACCUGCAGAAGGGACCAUGCCUUCUGCAAAAAACAAAGCUGAUAACCAGUGGCAAGACACUGCAAGAGCCUGAAAUUAAGAAUAGAGGGAGCCGUCAGCAGCUGCAGGAAGAGGAACCACGAACCCGUGAGACCAGUCGCCAUCCCCCCUGCGAACCUGAGCCACAGCGAGACACCAGGAUCCAGGAGCUUGAAACGCUAGAGGAGACAGAGAGUCAUCACCAGCAAUGCACCACACAAAGCAGAGACGAUGCAAAACGAAGCACAAGGACGAGAGAGCUGAUCCCUCAGGUACAUGAAGAGAGAAGCCAAGAGCCAUGCGACCAACGUAACAGCCAGAGAAGACGUCAGCCACCUGAGCAGGACAGGCUAGAAGAUUUACAACACCGCAAGUGCGGCAGCUCGAAGACCAGUGGAGUGGCCACCAGCCACGUGAGCCAGCACUACCAGCAUAUGAUCAAAGAAACCAUCAGCCACAACACCAACAAGCAGUGGCAAAUGGAGGAAGAGGUCGUUGGCCACAUGAACCAGAAGAAGCAGAUAGGGGAAGUCACAACCGACCAGAAGAAGAGGAACAAGAUGAGACUCAAUACAGAGAAAAUCAGAGAGACAAAUAUCAGGUACAGAAGUGUGAAGAAGAAGAUGAUGCAAAGAGAAACGAUCAGCCAAAGAGACGCCCAAAAGAAGUGUAUGAAACAGAAUGUAGUCUGCAACAAGAUGAUGAACAAGAUAGAAGGAGAAGCCGCGAAGCCGUGA